AUGGAGAGGAAGACGAAAGAAAGCAAUGAAGUUGCUCCACAUGACAUUGAGAAUCCUCCCACUCCAUUGGCAACUUUAAUGAAAGAGGAAUUGCAUGGGUUGUCUACACUGUUCUCUUCGUGCUGCAUUUACAGAGUUCCUAAGCGGCUACGUCAUGUAAAAGAAAAGGCCUACACACCUCAGAUAGUCUCUAUAGGCCCAUUGCAUCAUGGGAAGAAAUCUUUAAAAUCCAUGGAAGAGCACAAAAAGAGAUACCUACAAGAUUUUCUGCGUCGCACCAACAUAAGCAUGGAGGAUCUUGUAAAGAAAAUAAGGGACCAAGAAGCAAGAGUGCGUAGAUGUUAUGCAGAAACCAUUGAGUUUACAGUUGAUGAAUUUGUAAGAAUCAUUCUAGUGGAUGCAACUUUCGUCAUUGAGAUCUUAUUGAAGAACAAAUUCCAUGAAUUUCAAGAUGCGAAUGACCGCCUUUUUAACAAACCAUAUAUGUUACAGGAUGUAUGGCCUGACAUGCGGUUGCUUGAAAAUCAGUUGCCACUUUUCAUUCUUGAGGAUCUUUUCAAGCUAUACAAAAUUCAAGUCUCUUCUAACAAUUCAAUAAUUACUCUUUCUCACGACUGGUUCAAAACACUAAUGGAUAUAGAAGGAACAGAAGAUAGUUUGCAGAGAAUGUGUUCUUCAAAAGUAGAACAUUUUGUUGAUCUUUGUAGAAAUCUGUAUCUACCAGUCGAAUCACGAGAUGGAGGGAAACUUGAAACUCUAACCACACCCAGCAUCACAGAGCUACACACAGCUGGAGUCAAGUUUAAGGUAGGAUCAAACCCAAACUUAUUUGACAUACGAUUCACUAAUGGGACUUUGAACAUUCCGAAGUUAAAAAUAAGCCCUGAAACAGAGCUUACAAUCAGGAAUCUUGUUGCCUUUGAACAAUGUCAUUGCACGCAUAAUUUAAUAAAUGAUUAUGUUGUCAUGAUGGAUCGUUUUGUGAACACCCCAAGGGAUGUAGAGUUGCUUGUUAAGUAUGGGAUUGUUGAAAAUAGUCUUGGUGACAGCAAUGACGCAUCUAUCCUGAUUAACAACCUGGCGAAUGGGGUCACCCUGGACGCCGAUAACUUCUAUUUUGCUGCUCUUUGUGAAGACCUGAACAAAUACUGCAGUUCGACGUGGCACAAAAGUAAGGCAAAUUUGAGGCAAAAUUAUUUCAACACACCGUGGACAACUAUCUCUGUCGCUGCAGCUGUUGUUCUCCUCGUGCUCACUGUCAUACAAACAGUGUGCUCUAUCAUCUCUGCCAAGCAACAACCACCUCGCUGA